AUGGGGGUUUCCACAGCUGUUGGUCCUAAUCUGGUUGAGCUGCGGUCUGUUUUGGAAAGAUGCAAAGAUUGGAGUGUUGAGAAGAGGACAAUGGUGCGCGUUAGGCAUUUUUUUACACGGCCAGACGGAUUGUUUACGCCAAAGUGGAGUGAUGAAAUGGAUGAUCCUGAUGUAAACGAAUUGGUGCAUGACAUCAGUCAUGAUUGUGUAAUUCAUGGAUUUUGGGAUGUAACUGAAGAACCGCCAGCUACGACCAAUAUAAAGCGCCCUGCAACAGGUGUUGAGAGUAAUGGUUCAAAGAAGGAAGACAUUCCUGUGAGACAGCUUUACACUUUGUCGGAGACAUUGUCAGGAAAACUUGAUAAAAUGGAUACAUUGAUCGAAGAUAAGGUUUGUGCUAUUCUUACUCCAAUGAACGAGAAGCUGGCAACAAUGGAGAAGGAGCUUCAAAAGAUGAAAGAAAAAGAUUGUGCUAAUGAUAGAAAAGAAUAUGCAAAUUCCAUUGCUAAUGAAAAUGCUGAAGUGAAUAGCAAGGAAAUGUCUUGGAUGGUGGAGAUUAAUUCCACAUCGCAUGAGGGAUUACCCACUCAACGUGUUGUCAAGAAACCGAGGAAUGCAAGCAAAAAAAGUGGGAAAAAAAUGGCUGAGAAGAAGUUGAAAAACAAAAUUAAAGUGCCACACUUACUUGACAAUGCAUCAGGGGAAGACACGUGGUCUGAUCCAGUGCAGCGUGAGAAGUCCAAAGAACUCGGUGAUCGUUUAGAUGCCUUUGCAGACUUUGCUAGAAAGUUGAACAAGUCUACAUCUCCUACACCUUCCUCACCUCAGCACAAGCUCCAAACAAAGCUAGCAUUGUCGCAGCUAUUUCCGUUCGUAGGAAAUUCUACCGUGAAGCGCAUCAUCACAAGUUGGGUCGUCAUCAAAAUUGUUGAAGAUUUCAAACAGUUCAACCCAGAAACCUGGAAAGUGACAGAUACAUAUAAGAGAAUCUUCAACGGUACGUAUCCAGCUGAUCGAGUCACGAACAAAAAGUGGUUUCACGAUAUUGACCAUCUUUACACAUGUCAUUUUGUACACAAAGAUCACUGGGUUGCUUUGGACAUAGACUUGAAGAACACGACAGUCACUGUUUAUAACAGCAUUCUGACUGUGAUAGAUGAUAAUGAAAUGCGGAACAACUGUAGGCCGUUUGCGAAGAUGAUUCCAGCAAUCAUGAAUGCUAUGGUCCCUACUGCUGUUCGGACGAAGAGUGGUAGACAGUUCACUGUACAAAGGUUGAAAAGCGUUCCACGUAAUGACAACCCUGGAGACUGUGGUGUCUAUACCAUAAAGUUCAUUGAGUGUUUGGCGCUUGGUUGUACAUUUGAAGGGUUAAGUGAUGAGAUCAUUCAAUACGUUCGACGGAAGCGUGCUGCUGAGAUUUAUGAUGCCGUUGGAGAACCUCCGAUUACUGAUUGUUAG